CUGGCACUGACUACAAUGUCCUCCUCACGUGUCUUUAUGGACUGCGACGUCCAACCUACGGUCGACUACAUUAGCUGGUUGGGCUCUAACCCACAGAGUGCUGAGUUGGUUAAUGCAGAAGUGGUUACUAAAAGGGAGACACUGACCAUAGGAGAAAUAUACUCCUACAUCAGGGAUGGAUCUAAUAAGGAGGCUUUUUUUGAGUGCACGGCUACGAUUGAUGAUGUGGUCCAUGGUUCAACCUGGUAUUACAUAUCAUGCAGUGGUUGCCAUACUAAGGCUACGAAUGGCCCAACUUCUUUGAUGUGUUCAAAAUGUGGGAAAGUCAACAUAUCAGGAGUACCACAGUAUUUAUUCUAACUCACUUCUCAAUUCUCAAUAACAAUUUGAAUGGUAUUAGCUUAUUAUUUUUUCAUGGCAGGUACCGUGCACAGCUAUCUGUCUAUGACAACAGUGAGCAAGCUGUUUUUGUUCUUCUUGGUGAUGCUGGUUUUGAGUUAACCGGGAAGCAUGCAGCCGAGUUAGUCAGCAGCUAUGUUGAGGUAAGUUUCAUCACUCGGAACUCUUAGUGUUGGUACUCUCAAUAUUGGUCUUCACGUAAGAAUUGAAUAUUGAUAAUCUUGAAUGUCAGGCUAAUGGAGACCAAGGAGUUACUCAAGAGGUGCCUUUCCCGGAAGCUUUAAUUAGCACUAUCGGUCAGAAACAUAACUUUUGUGUAAAAGUUACAAAGCACAACUUAGAUGGCAAGUCUCGAUCUUGACUGUGACCAAGAUUCUCCCUCUGGAAUCUCCACCAGUCACAGAAGCUUCGGGAGGAAACUACAACCCGAUAACCUCAGAGGUCGGAUUUGAGACUGGAACGAAGGUGUGUGAAGCUUCCAAAAUCAGAGUGGAUUCGGCAGAGGGAAGUAAGAGCAAUGGUGACCUUGAUGAGAUGGGCAAAGCAAAACGCCUCAAGCGUGGGGUGUAGAUCUUACGUGUGUCGUAUCAUGUCUUGCAUGGGAUUACGUCUAAAGUUUUUUUUUUUGUUCACUCUGUUAUUGACUUAUGCUUUCUUUCAGUCUUGCUAAAGUUUUUUAUAUACUCUGAAUGCUUAUGUUUUGAUAAUCAUUAUUCUACUUCUUAAGGCUAUUAACUCUGUUUCUUUAGGUGUUUUGAAAUAUAGCUUUGUGACAAACAGGUCAAUCAAUACCGAAUUUGAAAAUCAUUUUUAACGAACUAUGGAUGUU